AUGGCCACUUCUCCAGCGAGGACGUUCCCAGAUGCCCUGUGGACAGCGACGUCGGCUCCCUGGCUAGGAGGGAACACCACGGCGGCGGCGGAGGAGGAGGAGGCAAAGUGCGUCUUCGACGAGGAGUUCAAGUUCAUCCUGCUGCCCAUCUCCUACAGCAUCGUCUUCGUGGUGGGGCUGCCUCUCAAUUUUUGGGCCCUGUGGAUGUUCAUCUCCAAAAUGAGGCCCUGGAACGCCACCACCACCUACAUGGUCAACUUGGCCAUCUCCGACAUGCUCUACGUCUUCUCCCUGCCCACCCUGGUCUAUUACUACGCCGACCGCAACAAUUGGCCUUUCGGGACGUGGCUCUGCAAGAUCGUUCGCUUCCUCUUCUACGCCAACCUCUACAGCAGCAUCCUCUUCCUCACCUGCAUCAGCGUGCACCGCUACAUGGGCAUCUGCCACCCCAUCCGCUCCCUGAAGUGGGUGAAGACCAAGCAGGCCCGCAUCAUCUGCGUGGCCGUCUGGCUCGUCGUCACCAUCUGCCUCAUCCCCAACCUCAUCUUCGUCACCACCAGCUCCAAGGACAACAGCACCCUGUGCCACGACACCACCAAGCCUGAGGAAUUUGACCACUACGUGCACUACAGCUCGUCCAUCAUGGCCCUCCUCUUUGGGCUCCCCUUCCUGGUGAUCGCUGUGUGCUACUGCCUGAUGGCCAAGACGCUCUGCAAGUCCAGCCUCUCCAGCCCCGGCCCCCGCAUGCCCUCCUACAAGAAGCGCUCCAUCAAGAUGAUCAUUGUGGUGCUCACCGUCUUCGCCGUCUGCUUCGUGCCCUUCCACAUCACCCGGACCUUGUACUACACUUCCCGCUACUUCCAAGCCGACUGCCAGACCCUCAACAUCAUCAACUUCACCUACAAGAUCACUCGUCCCCUGGCCAGCAUCAACAGCUGCCUCGACCCCAUCUUGUACUUCAUGAUUGGGGACAAGUUCCGGGGGCGGCUGCGCCGUGGGCCGCUCCAGCGCCCCCGGCCCACGCCUCCCAGUGACCUUUCCUUGGUGUCCCCCUCCAUGGACAACCUCUUGAGUGGCAGCCACACUGCUAGUGAGACCCGAGGGACAGGGACAGCACAGAGCAGAGGUCGAUGCUGAGGGGUCAAAGGAGGUUCCAGUAACCUCGUCUCUAGUCUCCACGAGUCACAGUCCUGCUGGGCUCCACUGGGGCACCCUGGCACCCCCCAGCUCCCCAAACCAGACCUGUCCUCACACAGCCUCUGUGGGACAGAGACCACAGGGCUGAGGGCUGGUGGACUCAGGCACCCAGUGACAGAACAAGAGGACACAGCCUCAAACUGCAGCAGGGCAGGUUGAGGCUGGACAUUCUUCACUGAAAGAGUGACUGGCAUUGGAAUGGGCUGCCCGGGGGAGGUGGCGGAGUCCCCAUCCCUGGAGGUGUAUAAGAGGAGGCUGCAUGAGCCACUUAGUGCCACGGGUUAGUUAAUUAGAAGGGUUAGGUGACAGGUUGGACUCGAUGAUCCUAAAGAUCUCUUCCAACCUGGUUAAUUCUGUGACUCUGUGACAGGAGGCUUGUUCCAGGGCUGCCCUGGUGCUGCGGGAGAGGUUGACAGGAUACACCAGGACAGACUCUGGGUGCUCACGGGAAUGGGCAGAAUGCUGAGAAAGCCAUUUCGGGGAGUCAAGCUGGUGUCCCAGCCCGGGGCACUGCUGGGGACACGCGUGGGGCUGGCAGGUGACUGAAGAGAAGGGUUCCUCCCUGGGCGUGCACAGCCCUUCCAGUCUGCUCCACAGCGGCGUGUGGGGACUGCAGCCAACCUGGGGCUGGAGCCAGCGCUGGGCUCCCCAUGUACCUGGUGAAGGUUCUCAACGAUGUCCCUUGGGAGAGGCAGGGAGGGACAUGGCACAGAGCCCAUGCUGCC